GUGUCUUCCAUUUUAGAAAGGGUUGGCGCCUCGAGCGCGUGCUCAGGCAGGAGCGCGCGUGCACAUUCACGUAAAGAAAGCUGGACUCCAGGCUACAGCGCAGCUUGGAUGAAACUUGUCGGGGUGAAACUUUAACAGACGCUCUGCAAUGUCCGUCACAUGAACUAGGACUUCAAAAAAAUAUAAUUUUCAUGUCCACAACUCUGCCAAUGUCUGACGAAGGGGAGGAAAGCGAUGGCGGAGAGAAAGAGCGUCGCUCCGCGUCUCCUUCUCCGCCUUUGUGUCUUCCCCGAGGAUCACCUUCAUGUCGGCGGCCCCUGGACCUCUUCUCCUCGUCCUCUCCACUCCUGGAGGACACGGAUCCGCCUUGCCUGGCUUCACCGGACUGUUUAGACUCAUCCCCGGAGGACCGAGACCUCGCGGAAUCACGUCACCCCACGCCGCCAAAGUUCCGCAACCAUACCGGGGACUCUCCGCGCCUGUACGCGCACCUUGACGUGCUAUGCGAGCGCAAAGACGAGCCACUGCCCCCCUGGAAAGGACGCGGCCCCGGGAACGACGCGGACCUUCAGCACCGCGGACAGAGAGCCCAACGAGUCCCGCAGCCCCCGGAAUGUGGAAACCACCACGCCAAUGAGCACAUGAGCACCGACCUGAACUCCGACUCGCGGCAAGCGGUGGAAGCUAUGCACCGUCGGCACACCACGCUGAGGGAGAAGGGGCGUCGCCAGGCAGUCCGCGGCCCAGCCUACAUGUUCAAUGAGCGUGGUUCAGCUCUCACUGCAGAGGAGGAGCGUUUUUUAGAUGCUGCUGAGUAUGGGAAUAUUCCUGUAGUGCGUAAAAUGCUGGAAGAGUCCAAAACCCUCAACUUUAAUUGCGUGGACUACAUGGGCCAGAAUGCAUUGCAGUUAGCCGUAGGAAAUGAGCAUCUCGAGGUCACUGAGCUGCUCCUGAAGAAAGAUGGCUUGGCUAGGAUCGGAGACGGCCUCCUUCUGGCUAUUUCCAAGGGUUACGUUCGCAUCGUUGAAGCCAUCCUCGGCCACCCGGCCUUUGGCGGAGGUCUCCGCCUGGCUUCGAGCCCACUGGAACAGGAGAUGCGAGAUGACGACUUCUACGCUUACGAUGAGGAUGGAACACGUUUCUCUCAUGAUGUGACACCCAUCAUCCUGGCCGCUCACUGCCAAGAGUACGAGAUAGUCCAUAUCCUCUUGACCAAAGGGGCUCGCAUCGAGAGGCCCCAUGACUACUUCUGCAAAUGCUUAGAGUGUGUGGAAAAACAGAAAAAAGACUCGUUCAGUCAUUCACGCUCAAGGAUGAAUGCAUACAAGGGUCUGGCCAGCGCAGCUUACCUGUCGCUCAGCAGCGAAGAUCCAGUGUUGACCGCAUUGGAGCUCAGCAAUGAGCUGGCCAGACUGGCCAACAUUGAGACGGAGUUCAAAAAUGACUACCGAAAGCUGUCCAUGCAAUGUAAAGACUUUGUAGUGGGAGUGUUGGACCUCUGUCGGGACACCGAAGAAGUGGAAGCCAUCGUGAACGGUGAUGUUGACCUGUGCCCGCCGAGCCCCUACAACCGACCCUGCCUCAGCCGUGUCAAACUGGCCAUCAAGUAUGAAGUGAAGAAGUUUGUCGCCCAUCCGAAUUGUCAACAGCAACUUUUGACCAUUUGGUAUGAGAACCUUCCUGGUCUCAGGCAGCAGUCCAUUGGGGUUAAAUGCUGGACCGUGCUGGGGGUCACCAUUGGCCUGCCAUUCUUGGCUGUUGCCUACUGGAUCAUGCCAUGUAGCAAGCUGGGUCAAAUCCUUCGAAGUCCAUUCAUGAAAUUUGUGGCUCAUGCAGUCUCCUUCACCAUCUUCCUGGGUCUACUGGUUGUCAACGCUUCGGACCGCUUCGAGGGCGUCAAGAACCUGCCCAAUGAGACCAUUACGGACCACCCGCGGCAGGUGUUUAGAGUCAAGACCACACAAUUUUCCUGGACAGAGAUGUUGAUCAUGAAAUGGGUUUUGGGUAUGAUUUGGUCCGAGUGCAAGGAGAUCUGGAGCGAUGGGCCCAGAGAGUACAUCAUGCACCUGUGGAACGUUCUGGACUUUGGCAUGCUCUCCAUCUUUGCGGCAUCUUUCACGGCACGAUUCAUGGCGUUCCUCAAGGCGUCCAAAGCCCAGCAGUACGUGGACAUGCAUGUGCCAGAUGAAGACCUCAGCAACGCCUCACUGCCUGACGAGGUGGCCUACUUUACAUUCGCUAGGAACAAGUGGCGCCCGUCAGACCCCCAGAUCAUCUCUGAGGGUCUGUACGCCAUCGCGGUUGUGCUGAGCUUCUCGCGGAUCGCCUACAUCCUUCCAGCCAACGAAAGCUUUGGCCCACUGCAGAUUUCGCUGGGACGCACAGUCAAAGACAUCUUCAAGUUCAUGGUCAUCUUUAUCAUGGUGUUUGUGGCCUUCAUGAUUGGAAUGUUCAACCUGUACUCUUACUACCUGGGAGCCAAAUACAACCCAGCCUUCACCACAGUGGAGGAGAGUUUUAAGACUCUUUUCUGGUCCAUCUUUGGCCUGUCAGAAGUGAUCUCGGUGGUACUGAAGUAUGACCAUAAGUUCAUCGAGAACAUUGGUUACGUCCUGUACGGGGUCUACAACGUCACCAUGGUGGUCGUCCUUCUCAACAUGCUCAUUGCCAUGAUCAACAGCUCGUACCAGGAGAUCGAGGAGGACGCUGAUGUGGAAUGGAAGUUUGCUCGUGCCAAGCUGUGGCUGUCCUACUUCGAUGAGGGUCGCACUUUGCCCGCACCCUUUAACCUGGUCCCCAGCCCUAAGUCCUUCUACUACCUGGUCCUGCGCAUCAGGUCAGGCCUCUUCGGAUUGUGCAAAGCGGGUGGACAUCAGCACAGCAAUGAGUUGGAGCUUGGUAUGCUCAACUCUCAGGGCAAGGGUGAACAUUUGAGAUCUUAUCCCCGUCCAGGAGAGGAGUUCCAGAAUUUGUCCAGAAAUUCUAGAAAACAUCCAACCAGAUAUGAGAAGAUCAUGAAGCGACUCAUUAAACGUUAUGUGCUCAAGGCCCAAGUGGAUAGAGAGAGUGAUGAAGUCAACGAAGGUGAGCUGAAGGAAAUCAAGCAGGACAUUUCCAGCCUCCGUUAUGAGCUUCUGGAGGAAAAGUCAGAGGCUGCUGGGGAGCUGUCUCUGCUUAUUCAACAACUCGGCGAGAAAUUUGGCAAGAACACCAUGAGGCAUUGAAGGGUGGCUAGAAAAGUGGGCCCUGAUUGUGUCAAAGAGAGAGAAAGGGGAAAACGUGGAGGGCGGGGAGCAGGAUGUUUAUGAGCGACGGAAGGACAAAAGUGCAAGCAAAGCAUUGAGAAAAUAAGUUUGAGUUUGCGGAACAUUUCCUGUCUUCAGGCAGAAAGUAAAAGAAAAUGUUUGCAUUUCCAGGGCCAAGUAAACAUGACUGGGGUGAAUGGUGUUGACAGUGCAAUUCUGGUUUAAAUAGAAAACUGGUUGGUAGGUGGUGAAGAGAAGAGA